AUGAAAGGCGUUGACAGAAGAACUAUUGCCAAUACAAUUAAAUAUAAAUCCUACCAAUUAUUACAUAUAAAACAAUAUCUAUCUAUCUAUCUAUCACAAUCUCUUAAUUAUCUAUCUAACUCGAGUCUAUCUGUUCAAAUCUAUCUAUCUCGGUAUCUUCAUAUCUAUCUAUCCCAGUUUGUUCAAAUCUAUCUAUCUAUCUAUCUAUCUAUCUAUCUAUCUAUCUAUCCAUCUAUCUCAGUUUGUUUAAAUCUAUCUAUCUGUUUCAAUCUCUUCAUAUCUAUCUAUCUCUCUCAGUAUCUAUCUAUCUAUUUCAGCACAGAGAUUCUCACUCUCUCUCUCUCUCUCUCUCUCUCUCUCCUUUCUCUCUAUCUAUCGCUCUCCGUUUGUUUGUUUCUAUCUAUCUAUCUAUCUAUCUAUCUAUAUAUCUAUCUCCGUUUGUAUUAUCUAUAUCUAUCUCACAUCUCAUCUAUCUAUCUAUCUAUCUAUUAUCUAUCAUUUCAGUCUAUUAUCUAUCUAUCUAUCUAUCUAUCUAUCUAUCUAUCUAUCUAUCUAUCUAUCUAUCUAUCUAUCCAGUCUCUUCAUCUAUCAUCUAUCUAUCUAUCUAUCUAUCUAUCUAUCUAUCUUAUCUAUCUAUCUAUCUUCAUUCUCUUCAUCUAUCUAUCUAUCUAUCUAUUUAUCUAUCUAUCCCAGUCUCUUCACAUCUAUCUAUCUAUCUAUCUAUCCAUCUAUCUAUUUCUAUCUAUCUAUUCAUCCAUCUAUCUAUCUAUCUAUCUAUCUAUCUAUCUAUCUAUCUCAUCUAUUAUCUAUCUAUUAUCUAUCUAUCUAUUCAUUAUCUAUCUAUCUGUUUUCAUUAUCUAUUAUCUGUUUCAUCUAUCUAUCUAUCUAUCUAUCUAUCUAUCUAUCUAUCUAUCUAUCUAUCUAUCUAUUUCAGUCCCAUUAUCUAUCUAUCUAUCUAUCUAUCUAUCUAUCUAUUUCAUUAUCUAUCUAUCCCAGUCUCUUCACAUCUUCUAUCAUCUAUCUAUCUAUCUAUCUAUCUAUCUAUCUAUCCCAGUCUCUUCAUUAAUAUCUAUGUAUGUAAGUAAACUCCUACCUCUCUAUUCCGUCUCUCUCUCUCUCUCUCCUCUCUCUCUCUCUGCCUCUCUCUCUUCUUACUUUCUUUCUUUCCCUUUUCCUUUCUCUCUUCAGAUAAUAGAAAAACUCGUUUUCUUUCUCUCUUCUUUCUUUCUUUCUCUUAAUUUUCUUUCUUUCUUACUAUUAAGUUUCUUUCUUUCUUUUAUCUUUCUUUUUUCAUUACGUUUCCUUUCAUUCUCUCACCUCUCAUUCUUUUCUUCCUUUCUUUCAGUCAAAUUUAGUGAUUACUUUACGUUUUCUUUCUUUCCCCUUUCUUUCUGCUACCGUUCUCUCUCUCCCUCUCUUUCGUUCUUUCUUUCUUUCUUUCUUUCUUUCUUUCUUUCUUUCUUUCUUUCUCUUCUAAAAUUUGUUUGCUUAUCUUUUAUCCAAAAUUUCUUUCUUCCUUUUCUCUUCACACUUACCAAUCCAGUCGUUUUUUCUUUCUUUCUUUCUUUCUUUCUUUCUUUCUUUCUUUCUUUCUUUUCUUUCUUUCUUUCUUCUCCCGUUAUAUUCAUUUUCUUUCAUAUUUCCUUUUCUUUUUCUCAUCCUUUCUUCUUUCAAUGGCUUCUUUGA